GCUGCAGCUGCUGCCGGGAGGAUGUCAAGCUCUCGGUACCUCACGAGACCUACUCGGCUACUCCGUCAGGAUGUUCCACCGUCCUGCACGUUAAUCCGACCGUGGCGACCUGCAGGCCUAUUCCACAGCUCUGGAGUACGAGUACAGCGGGGUGGCCACCGACGCUUACGAGACCGUCACGCCUUUCGACGAAGCUGCCGCCAUGAACGACCACGUCCGCAACAAAUCCAGCACCAGGCGUCCGUUGCCUCCGUCACACCGAGACUUACGUCACCUAAGACUCAACACGGAGUCCACCACCGACUUGUCUAUGGAAGGUUACAACUUCUCCGACGAUGACGAUGACAAUACUCAGUCAUGCAGCGACACCGAGGCGUCCUUCUUUAUACCACACCACAGAAAACCUGAGUCAAGUGACAGAGAAGUUAAAGAAAAUAGCUCGUUGUGCGACGACAUCCAGAGACCUAUUAGCAAUUUACUUCGGUCUAGCUGCGUCUUGGAGGAGACGAAGUACCCAAGGGCUCAGCGAAGACUGACUGAGGAGGAACGGAGCCAAAAUGAUAAAAAGAGUUCAACAAGUACCCUGAAAUGUCCCGACCAGAACACCGUGUCUUCCUCAACGUCCAACACCUCCACCUCCGUCGCCUCGAGUAUGAACCCUCUGGCCGCGGAGGAUUUGGAGACAUCCUCGACGAGGAGGGCGAGCUGCCGCUCCUCUUUGUCACAGGACAGCCUCGAGGAGCAGUUUGAGAGGACACUGAACAUGAUCGCUCAAGGCGGCUCAAACUCCCUUGACUCUGACUACUUGUCUGCGUCCGCCUAUAACUGAGUAACAAAGACUGAGUAUAACAUCUGAGUCAGGAACACUGUGUGAGUCAUAAACUCUUAUUGUGUGAGUCAGGAACACUGUGUGAGUCAUAAACUCUUAUUGUGUGAGUCAGGAACACUGUGUGAGUCAUAAACUCUUAUUGUGUGAGUCAGGAAUACUGUGUGAGUCAUAAACUCACUGUGUGAGUCAGGAACGUUCAGUACAUAAACUGUGGGUGUCAUAUGCCAGCAGUGUUACUGCUUCGUGUAAGAGGAACUUUUGUCAAUAGCCAUUGUUGUCAUGAAGGACAAUGGCUGUUGUUGUCACGGUAUAAAGUUAACAAUGAAUAAUGGAUAUCCGGGUAAAUAUUAAAUAUUGACCUCGAGCAAUAAGUAUGAAUAACGUGUUCUCCAGCUCCUGAGGCUCCAUGCACCUGUGUCAACGGCCUCACUCUAACAAUCUAAUGUCUCCCGAGUGAAUGAACAACUACACAAAGAAAAUAAACAGAAAUUAGUAAACUACAUAGAAAUUCUAUAAUGAUCUCAUGAAAACAGUUUAUUAUAGAAAAUCCACCUUGAAGUUGUUCAUGAAAAUAAGAGAAAUUGUGUCAGGAGAUUUCUCAAGCUACAGGUAUAAACACACUAUAAGUGGUGUCAGCUUAGAGAUGAACAUAGUGAUAAUAGGAACACCUGUGCUGACUGAGGCAGAUGUUCCCACAGUAUCACCGGCUCUACCUCUCUCCCUAAGGCCAACAAAACCACCAAAGUGAUGCAAAAAAAAAAGAAAAAGAGAAUAUAGAAAUAAUACAUAAACUGAGAUAUACUUCCUAAACACUACAACUUCACUUAACAUAAAUACAUCAGCUCUACCUAGUCUCUAUAACCAUAACAACCAAUACAGUUUAUGAGAUUAAUGACCAAUUAACUAUCAACAAACAAGUAAUAUCCACACGUUAUGACAAUUGUUAAAGGAUACUAAGAAUAGGUAGAGUUUUGUUAAUGAAUAUGUCAGUUAAUGUGUUUAAUGCUUGACAACAGCCUGGAGGGAGAAUGAGGUGGAGAGACAGUUGGUCAUGCAUGUAUCCGCUCCUCUGUUUUGGUUUGGCUGGACUUCCUGCACACACACACUCCCUCAGUCUGUGUGUGUGUGUGUGUGUGUUCAGGCUGCUUCAAGGUCAACCCGUCAUUGCUACGUGUAAAUAAUGUGUGGCGAUAAGUGGAACUAAAUCUCUUAUAUUUGGCUGAGUCAAAAGGCAAAAUCUCU